CCCGGAUUCAUCGGGGGUAGAAUGGUCAAGUGGCUCAAACGCAUCGUUGUCACAACCCAAGAAUCACAAAAUUAUUACCAUUUCAAGGACAACAGAGUGUUGCCCUCUCAUGUCGACGCAGAGCUAGCCAACGCCGAAGCAUGGUGGUACAAGCCGGAGUAUAUAAUCAACGAGUUGAACAUAAACUCGGUCAUAACGACGCCGUGUCAUGAGGAGAUUUUGCCCAUCAACUCCUGGACCACUCAGAGGCCCUACACGUUGAGAGGCUACUCUUAUUCCGGUGGGGGAAAGAAGGUGACACGUGUGGAGGUGACAAUGGACGGUGGAGAGACGUGGCAGGUGUGCACAUUGGACCAUCCGGAGAAGCCAAACAAGUAUGGAAAAUACUGGUGCUGGUGUUUCUGGUCGUUGGAGGUGGAGGUUCUUGACCUGCUCGGCGCCAAGGAGAUCGCCGUCCGCGCUUGGGACGAAACCCUCAACACCCAGCCCGAGAAGCUCAUCUGGAACCUCAUGGGAAUGAUGAACAACUGCUGGUUCCGAGUGAAAACGAAUGUGUGCAAACCCCACAAGGGAGAGAUCGGAAUAAUCUUUGAGCACCCAACUCUACCUGGGAACCAAUCUGGCGGAUGGAUGGACCGGGAGAGACAUCUAGAGAUUUCUUCCGAAUCCAACCAGACCCUAAAGAAGAGCGUGUCCACCCCAUUCAUGAACACCACCCCCAACACCUACUCAUUAUCCGAAGUCAAGAAGCACAACUCUCCCCAGUCCGCCUGGAUCAUCGUCCACGGCCACGUCUACGACUGCACCCGCUUCCUCAAGGACCACCCCGGUGGCUCCGAUUUUGAAGGAUCCGGAGGACGAGACAGAGAUGUUUGUGGUGUAUGCGAACAGGACGGAGGAGGAUAUUUUGCUGAGGGAGGAGUUGGAUUCGUGGGCCAAGAAAAACGAGAGGUUGAAAGUUUGGUACGUGGUGGAGAAUGGUAGAGAAGGGUGGGAGUACAGUACGGGGUUCAUCACGGAGAGUAUCUUGAAAGAGCAUAUCCCGGCGGGGGCAGAGGAUACUCUGGCGUUGGUGUGUGGGCCGCCACCCAUGAUUCAGUUUGCGGUGCAGCCCAAUUUGGAAAAGUUGAAUUACGACACCAAGAACUCCUUGCUAGUGUUUUGAUUGGACCAAAAUAAAUAAAAUUAUUGCCUUGUUUUUUUUAUUCAAUGCUGUGGGAAGAAAAUGGACGGUGGACGGUGCCCGGUGGAUGGAUUUAUUUUGUAAAAUAAGUAAUUAUAUGUGAAUAUUAAGUUGUAAAUAGUUUAUUUUAUUUCAUGUAUAAUUAGGGUACGAUAAUUAACAAGGGUUGUCGUUUCCCUUUUCUAUAUAUUGUAUUAUUCAAUUUCAAACAUUAAUGAGUGUAGAAAAGUGGCAAGGUUGGAUGUAAUGAAGAGAACUAAGACGCAUCCAAAACCAAAUUGUGCAGUCCA